GGCUCCUAGCGCCCCUCCCACUCCUUUUCCCAUCCAGCCCCGAUCUGGCUGGCGGCUGGCAGGUCCUCGCCGGCGCCCGGUUAAGUAGCUCCGCCGCUGCAUGCUACAGUAGCCCUGCCGGACGCCGCUAGCCUACCUGCUCCUCCUUCCCUUCCAUCGGCCGGACUCCUUCACCCGUGGGCUCCUCCCAAUCUCUAUCCCGGCGGCUGGUCGCCAUCUGCUCCCGACUGCCUGCUGCCGUCCCUGCCGCCCUUCUCCUCCAUGGCUUCACCGGUGAGCAAGGGGUCUAUGGUUGCCUCUAACGCUGCAAGUUCUCAUACUCUCAAAAGAAAUUCAGAUGACAUGGGGUGGGAGUUUGCAACCUUGAUCAAUCCUUUAGAUCUACAGCGAGUGAAGUGCAAGUUGUGUGGAAAGGAGAUGGGUGGAGGCGUCAAUAGGAUGAAGCAACAUAUUGGGCAGGUAAAGGGGAGCGUGAAAAGUUGCAAUAUGGCCACACCGGAUCAGCAGAAAAGGUGUAAGGAUGCUUAUGAGGAACCACAAAAGAAGAAGAAGCUGAAAGAAAAACAUGAUGAAGAAGUACGUGCUGAGGUUGUCAUUCAAGUUGAUGAUGACAAGAAUGAGGAAGAGCUUCAUGCAAUUGGAGAAGGUGAAGCUCGCAAGUCAGGACCUAUUGAUAAAUAUGUGAUGCCAAUUGAUCCUUCCAUUCCAUUGAAGAAGUUCCAACAGAACAAAAAUGAUGCAAUUGAUAAGGAGAAAGCUUACAGGGUAGGGCAAUAUUUGGCUAGAUGGAUGUACAAGAAAAAUAUUCCUUUCAAUGCUGUCAAUGAUGAUGACUUCAAGCAGUUUUGUGAAGCCCUUGGUCGGUUUGGUUCUAAAUGGAAGCCACCUUCCCAAUAUAUGCUCCAAGAGAAGAUGUUGCUGCAAGAGGUGGAAAGAACAAAGGAUUUGAUGCAGCCACACGAGCUUGAGAGGGUGGAAACCGGGUGCUCUAUCAUGACCGAUGCUUGGACCGACAAGAAAAGAAGUAUAAUGAAUUUGUGCGUGCAUUGCAAGUUAGGGACCGCCUUCCUUGAAUCAAAGGAGGCGUCGGCGGAUGCACACACAAGUCUAUACAUCUUCAAUUAUGUAGUUGAGUGCAUUGAUAAAAUUGGUGCUGAAAAUGUUGUGCAAGUGGUCACGGACAAUGCUUCCAACAACAUGGGAGCAAAGGAGAUGCUCAAAGGAAAAUGGCCAAAGAUCUUUUGGAGCUCAUGUGCAACUCACACCCUCAAUUUGAUGGUAGAAGCAGUUGGGAAGCUGAAGCAAUUUGGCCCUACAAUCACCAAAGCUAAGCAAAUGACAAUUUUUCUUUAUGCACAUCAUAAAACAUUGUCCUUGAUGAGGUCUUUCACGAAAAAAGAGACAUUGUUAGACCGGGGGUGACACGAUUUGCUUCGGCAUUUCUUACGUUGCAAAGUUUGGUUUCUAAAAAGAAAGAACUAAGGGCAAUGGUUUGUAGUGAUGAAUGGGAAGCAUGCAAGCACACAAAAACGGUGAAAGGCAAGGCGGCCAACGCCACAAUAAUGAGUAGGGGCUUUUGGAAAAAUGUAUCACUUUGCAUCAAGGUUUUUGAGCCAUUGGUGAAGGUGCUUCGGUUGGCUGAUGGGGAUGGUCCAUCUAUGGCCUCUAUGUAUGGAGAACUAAUAAGUGCAAAAAGGGAAAUCAAGGUUGCUGUUGAAAAUUCAGAAAAAGACUAUUUGGUGAUCACUAAUGCCAUGAAUACCAAGAUGAGUGGGAGGCUGGAUUCUCCAUUGCACAUGGCAGCAUACAUCUUGAAUCCCAAAUAUAGUUAUGCUGACCCGAGCAUCUUUACGGAUGUGGAGGUAGUGGCUGCGCUUAUGGAAGUCAUGGAGACAUUUUAUCAUGAUGAUGACAUGAAGAAAAAUAAGGUGUUUAACAUUGACUUCACCAAGUUUAAAAAGAAAGAGGGUAUGUUUGGGAAGGUGGCUGCAUUGAAAGCAAUGGAGAAUAACAAUUUCGAUGCCGGUGAUUGGUGGUCAACUUAUGGAUUACAAACUCCCACAUUGCAACACAUGGCCAUAAGGAUACUCAACUUGACCACAAGUUCAUCCGGAUGUGAAAGAAAUUGGAGCACUUUUGAAAUGGUAGAUGCAAAGAGGAGAAAUAAACUAGAUGUGGCCCGUAGAGACAAUCUAGUUUAUAUCCAAUUCAAUGGAAGGAUGAUUGAUAAAAGAAAUAAGUUAUCCUCUUCUAGUGAUGUUCUUCUUGGUGAAGAUGCGUCACGAGCACAAGAUUGGAUAUGCGAAGAUGCAUACAUUGAUGAUGAGUUUGAUCCCACUACGGGGGUGCCAUACAACAUCAUUGAUGAAGCAAUGGAGGAAAGCGAACCUACAGAGCUUCGUAGGAGUGCACGAGUUAGAGAACUCCAUGAAGUUGAAGAAUACGUUGAGGAUGAUGAUGAUGAUGAAUCUGAUCAUGGGGUAGAUAUGGAGGAUGAUGAGAUCGAUUACGAGUCCGAUGAUGAUGGGGUGAUGGCAACCAAAGAUGAUGAUGAUGAUGAUGAUGAUGAGCCCCCGCAGCCUUGAGCCAUUCGUUGCAAACUUAUUUUGCUUGCUAUUUGUGUGCCCGAACCUUAUGUUCUUAAUCCUUAUUACCUUGAUACCUAUUUCUAUGUGUGUGGCCGAACCUUGUUAGCAUGUUACUUAUUUGGCUAUUUCUAUCUAUAUAGCUGAACUUAUCUGGACCUUGUUACCUAUUCGUCUUGUGAACCUUAUUAUGAAUUAUAUUCGCUAUUCCCUA